AGGAAGAUAAAAAGACUUGGCUUCUAUGCGGCGCCCUAUGGUUUGACCGACAGUAUACGACGACCACAAGUCAUGGCAUCACGAGCAGUGUUCUCGGCCGUUCGCGUUUGGGUAUAGAGUAGCUGUCGCGAGAUUUCGCGUGACUAUAGCGCCGGCCGAGUCGGCAUCAGCGGGAGACAGCCUGCCCAUUUGGCCUGCCCCCUGGCACACUGAAAAGCUCGAAAUUGACGCACAGCGUUCGAUGCUAGUAGCGGGAAAUUUCGCUAGAGUUGUUGUGUACCCCAGUGAUAUCGUUUGAAAAUACCACUCCGGAACGCGACAUUGGGGUUAUGCGUCUCGUGUGAACGUGUUCCAUGGUUGCGGCUGUCGCCCUAGAAAAAAAAAAUUCGAGCCAGAAGGGUACAAAUGCGUCAACGCUAAUCGCAAAUGGCUGUGCGCGUGAAAUCCUGUCGACAUAGAACGGUGCUCAAGGAAGAAACAGCAUUGGCAGAAGAGGACUGCAGAUGACACUGGGUUGAAGGCGGGAUGUAGCUGGAUUCUGUGGGAGAACCUUGUGCGCGCGGAGACUGUGGUGAUAGCCAAAGCCGCAGCUGAGAGGGAGUCGAUCCAAGAGAUGAGAAAAAGUGGAACACUCCUGCUAAAAAUCCUUGUUGCGGCGGCGGUUCUUCAUAAGUGCAUGGGAAGUGGAAAGGAAUGCACAGAUGGCUGCCCUUACACUAGCGUGAUCUACCACUUCGACUCUUUUCGCCUGGAAGCUACUUCAGAGUCGGAGCCACAGCAGUUCUGCUUGACGUUUAAGAGAGUUGUAUAUCCAGAAGGUGAUUUAGACCGUUUACGUUACUAUGUCCUUACCGCCCCUUACAAAGUCAAGUACACGACGGAGGACAAUACCACACGAGAGGACUCUGCCAAUGUAACUAUUCGCGAGAGCGAGAUCAAUGUCUACUUUAACAGCCGUGAAAGUGGCGAGCCUUUGCCGGUAAAGAUGCGUUUUGUUUACUCUAUCGAAUGCUUCGUUAUCGAGCAACCCAGUCAAGGAACAUCGUACUACCACGUAUUCGUAAGUGGCUCGGUGACCGACGGAGCUUACAGAGAGUGCAUCGGGAAGCUUGAGCAAUACUCUGGCGGAACCGCGAACUACCUCAACAAAGAUCGAAACUGCGACCAAGUGAUGAACUUGACUAAACCAAUGACAGCGAUCGAUUACUACUCGGGCUAAUAAAUGCCAC